AUUAGUACCUAAAACCUCAGAAGUUUACCACGGUUGAUAUAGAACUGAGUCAAAGAAAGAAACAGACCUUUUGGGCUCCAAAGCGUUCCAAACUCACAAGAAAAAGCUUGUGGACUACAAAAAGAAAAUGAAAAUGGAUCUAGGUAACCAAACCACUGAAGAGGAGAAAUAUCUGAAGUUGUACAAAUAGUACAAUGGCUCAUAACACAGUGGGUAAAAGGAUCAUUCACAAGUAAGAACGUGCACAGUGUCGGCUUUGAGCAUGAACAAAACCUAAAGGGGUUCGUGUUCACUGAUAUUAAGGAUGAAGGGACCAAAAGUGAGAGAGAAGCAGGAGAAGAGAUCAACCAAGCCAUCCAAGCAAGCUCAAGCGCAGGAGGAUUAUUUGCAUGGAAGUGAGUAGGAAGGCAAUCAAGGAAGUUGGAAGUCAAAGUUCAAGGAAAUCCUAAUAAGCUCAAAAAUCAUAGUGUGGUUAGGAUUAAAUCUGUUGGAAAGGAUGUCAAAAGAUAUGGUACUACUACUGGGUCAACCUUUACUCAAAAAAAGAUUGAGAUGGUAAAUAGGAGAAUGAAUUUUGAUACAAGCAAGCCAAACCCUCUAUAUUGAUCUACUUUGCAAGAAGAUCUCAAGAAAUCUUUGAUAACUCCUUGGAAGAAGCCUGAAAAUUGGUUACAUUCUUUCAAGCCAGGUGUAAAAAGUAUUCAAAGAAGUGAGAGUCAAAAAGUGUUUACUCCCAAGAUUGAUAAAUAUUAUACUUCAAUAGAUUUGAAGGCGAACAAGCUUGAAAUGAAGUCACCCAACUUCUGAUCAUCAAUGAAGGAGACUUUUGUUCCUCAGAAAAAUUAUAUUGCUGCUGAUAAAACGCAUCAAAAAUAUAAAAGGGUCUUUGGUAAAGCAAGUUUCUCAAUGGGAAACUAUGACCUCACAAAAAGAAUUCCUGAGACACGUAGGUCUCUCUUCUGCAGACUUGAUGAGGAUAGGCAGGAACGAGGGGAGGAGAAUAAGAAGAACUGGAAAACUGUAGAGAUUAAUGAUGCCAAAGUCACUCGAAUGCCUUCAAAUCUUGAACCCAAGAAUAAAACAUCUUGCCAUGCCAAGUUCUUUAAAGCCAAGAGUAAGAAGCUAAUCAAGAUGAGCUUCCAGGAGUUCUUGAAAGCUAAUAAAUUUAAUAAGGAGAAAAAGCAAGAACUUCUAGAGACACAUUACAAACUUGGAGAGAAGGAUGACAAAGGUGGCUCACUGAAUCAGGAGUUUUUAACUGAAAAGAAAGGUGAAGAAUGGACUCAUAUAAAAUAUACAGAAGAUGAGCCAGAAGAAGAGCUUCUCAGAAAAUAUUUUAAAAGACGUGAGCUAACCCAAAAUUUUACAUUCAAAUCAGAUGUACAUACAGAGGAUUUUGAUUGUAGCGACCCUACAAAGACUAGGUUGAUUGAUACUCCAAGGCUUGAUAAAACCUCCAAACUUGAUACAUCCAAAGCUUUAGUGAAAUCCCACUUUAAGCUGGGUCACCAAAUCAUGACAAGGCCCAAGACAGCCAAAGAAGUGUAUAGGAGUAAGAGUAUGCCUGUGAUCCCAGAAUCAGCAGACCCUGGUGAAGAAGUAGAUCCUCAGGAAGCAAGGAUAGCUGAAGUGAAGGCAAAAUUUCAAGAGAAGAGAGUAAAAGAAAUCAAAUCAAUGAAAAAAAUGGCUGAGCAGAACUUCAGGCGAUCUACUCAAGGCUCUUUUUAUUGAAUAUAAAUCGUACUAAAAGUGUUGAAAGAGGAAGUUGUUUGUAGAAGGGGCUAACAAAGUUUUCCUGGGGUGGGAUUUGUCAAAAAAUAGUCCUGAAUGUUUAGAAUGAGAACUAAUUGGUUUAUUUUAAUUUGAUGCUAAUAAGGAAACCUCCCAGUUAUCCAUUUUA